UUCUUCUUCUUCACCUCCGCAGCUUCUUCUCUCGCGGGCGGCGCGCCGGCGGAUUCCACACGGCGGCGAAGAACCGGGAAAGGGUCUCGACUUCGACUCCGUCAUGCACGUCUCUUCGCGUUCCGACUGGCAAACUCCACGGUCGAGUUCCACCGCAAUUGCCGUCGCCGUCUCUCUCUCUCUCUCUCUGCUCUGAUCGUCCCCGUCGGUUGAUCGGCGAAUGAAUCCUCCGCCGCGAUGAGCUCUUCCGCUUCUGCCUCGUCCCGAUCGAGUGAUUCCGGCGCGAGGACGCUGCGGGGGUCGCUCUUCGUCGCGGCCGGCUGCGUUUGCUUCGUCGCUUUCGCGUACGCGGCCGUCGUGUCCAAGCUCCUUCCCCCGUCGGACAACGCCGUCGUCGCUGCCGUGCAGAAUGACAGGGACAUCAUGUCUUCUCCGGAUGACCAUUCUGUUUCACUCUCCUGCAAUGUACUAUUGUUUUUUGGUUCCCCUUACACUCCCCAUCCUCGUUGUUGCUGUAUAUUUUCAUUGGCUCAGCAUGAAGCUUUUCAAGCAUGCAUGAUGUUUGUCUCAUCAUACCAUGGUUAAUCAAACAAGCUGGCUGCUCUGCUCACUGGUUGGCUGGAUUCAAUAAUAGUGAUAUUGGAAUUAAUGCAAUUUCCAGUGGAAAAUCACUUUCCUUUACUGUAGUAUGACAAUAUCAUGUAUGCUAAAGCAAUGAAGCUCCUUGGAAUUGAUACUUGUCUAGGUCUAGAAUUAGUUUUGUCGAUGCAAAAAACAGCUACUGGUUUCUUAUCUGUGCUUAUGGCAGGUAGUCAAUAUUGCAAGAGUCCUCAGUGCAUUUACUUUGUCAUCUUCCAGCUUGUCUAUGAUUUAUUAAUCGUUUUAAUCA